AGCUUUCGUUCUGUCCAUUCGUUUCCUUCGUUCGCCUGGCCCCGGUUUACACAACAUCCGUCCAUUCGUUUAUUCUCGACGAUGUCGACAACCCUGGAUCCGUCAAUUUCGAUACACAGCACUCUCGGCGCUGUCUUCAUCGGUUUCGCCUUCGCCUGUGUAGUGUUCGGGGUAGUCUUGACUCAGAUAUUCUCAUAUUUUCGCAAUUAUCCUGGAGAUAGGUUUGCAUUCAAGGCUACGGUGGCUGUCAUCUGCAUCCUGGAGAUCGUCGAUCAAGCUUUCAUAGGCCACAUCGUGUAUCACUACAGCGUAAGCAACUUUGCGCGAGUAUCAGUGUUGCUACAAGCAGAAACGACAUGGUCAUUGAUUCUACAACUCACGGCCGGGGCCAUUGUAGGAUUCAUUGUUAAAUUUUACUUCGGCCUUCGGGUAUGGCGAUUCAGCAAUCGCAACAUCUUCGUCACGGGCCUGGUCAUGUUCCUCACGUUCGCUCAACUGGGUCUCGCCCUUGCUUUCACUGUUGAAGCUUUCAAACUUCCCAAUAUCUUCGCGGUGCAUGAUCUUCAAGCACUGGGGACGACUUCCCUCGCAGUGGGAGUGGCGACCGAUAUCGUCACAGCAACAGCACUGUGCUACUUCCUCAGUAAACUGAGAACUGGGCUCAAGACAUCGGACAGUUUGGUGAACGCGCUCUGUUCCUAUGCCAUUAAUACCGGUGUUUUAACUAGUACCCUGAGCGUUGCGACGCUGGUUCUGUACAACGCCAUGCCUACAAAUAACCUUUAUUUCGUCGCAACAUAUUUCAUCCUCAGUAAACUCUACGCAAUCUCGCUCAAUACGAGACGGCAGAUCAGAGGCCGGGGGACGGAGAAGCAGGAUGUAACCACCAACAACACUAAUAUGUUCCAUCUCGGUACUCGCAUGCCGAGUAUGGCGCCUACAGAUCUCGAGCGGUGGGACGUCGUUUAUCCACCUGUGCAAGCUUACUCUGGGAAGCACGAUUCCUAUGAGGAGGAUUACGGCUACUCGUCACAUUCCAAACCACCGCGCCUCGAACCUGGCCAUUCUUAUGCCGUUUAG